AUGGCAUUUCACGUCGUCUACAUAUUCUCGAUCUUCGAUAUCUAUUUCGUCAGUCCAAUCGUAUCCGGCAUGCGCGAAUUCGAGGCAGUACGGCCACAGGGUGUAGAAGCUCCCGCAAAGCGCCUCAUUCUUUUCGUUGGCGAUGGAUUAAGAGCCGAUAAAGCCUUCCAGUCCUUCCCAGAACCAUACCCCGAAACCGAGGCGGAUCUCGUCCCCCGACCCCUCGCGCCUUUCCUGCGCUCGCGCGUCCUCGAGCACGGCACCUUUGGCGUAUCGCAUACUCGAGUACCCACGGAAUCGAGACCCGGACAUGUGGCGCUGAUUGCGGGCUUGUACGAGGAUGUUUCUGCUGUCACUACGGGGUGGAAACUCAACCCUGUUAAUUUUGACAGUGUAUUCAAUCGCAGUCGGCAUACGUGGAGUUGGGGAAGCCCAGAUAUUCUGCCGAUGUUUCAAUUGGGCGCGGUGCCAGGAAGGGUGGACGCUGAUAUGUAUGCUGCGGAGGACGAGGAUUUCUCUCAGGAUGCUGUGCAUUUGGAUCUUUGGGUGUUCGAUAAAGUGAAGGCAAUGUUUGCGGAGGCUGCAAAAAAUUCGACACUGGACGCUGCCUUGAGACAGGAUAAAAACGUGUUCUUCUUACAUUUACUGGGAUUAGAUACUACGGGCCAUUCUUAUAGGCCUUACUCAAAAGAGUAUUUGUAUAAUAUUAAGGUGGUGGACGAGGGGAUCAAGGAGAUUACGAAGAUCAUGGAGGAUUUUUAUAAUGAUGGGAAGACGGCUUUCGUCUUCACGGCGGAUCAUGGGAUGAGUGAUUACGGGAGUCAUGGAGAUGGACAUCCGGAUAAUACGAGGACACCUUUGAUUGCCUGGGGGUCAGGGGUAGCGAAGCCGGUAACGACUCCUGGAGAACUUGCGCCUGGCCAUGAUGAGCUAUCUUCGGAUUGGGGUCUGGAUCACGUUCAGAGACACGAUGUUUCUCAGGCUGAUAUUGCGGCCUUGAUGGCGUAUCUUGCUGGCCUGGCUUAUCCCGUAAACUCUGUUGGUGAACUACCUCUAUCGUUUUUAUCUGGAGAUACUGCUGCCAAGGCAGAGGCAUUCUUAGCCAACGCUAGAGGUAUCCUGGAUAUGUACAGAGUGAAGGAGGAAGGCAAAAUGGCCACCGAACUUCGUUACCGACCUUUUAAGGCUCUUGGUGACCAAGAGCAUUCGGUUGAACAUCGAUUUUCGGAGAUCAGAGCUUUAAUCGACCAAGGAAAGUACGAAGAAGCAAUCCAAGAGACAUCUGCUCUUGUCCAACUUGGAUUGGCUGGUCUUCGAUACCUUCAAACAUACGACUGGCUGUUCCUACGCGCCCUGAUUACCAUUGGGUAUCUAGGUUGGAUCGCGUUUGCGCUCACCACUGUCGUCGAUUUGCACGUCCUUCACGGCAAGACCGAAACCUCACGAACACUAGCUGGCACCGUAUUCUUCUCUUCUGUUCUUGUUAUACUGUACGCUUCUUUCAUUGUAUCAAAAUCGCCAGUCACAUAUUAUGCAUACGCCAUUUUUCCGGUUGGGUUCUGGUCGGAGGUCUACGCACGACGGAAAGCGCUGGCUGAGGGAAGAAAAGCGCUAUUUGGGCAUGUUACGAGUAUCGGUGGGACUAUCGCUUUAAUAUUGAAGGGUAUUUUUUGUUUGGGUCUCGUUGAAUCCCUGGCAUUGGGUUAUACGCAUCGGGAGGUGUUUUCGGUCUUGUUUGCCGCUGCUGCAUUCUGGCCUGCAUUUUAUGGAGCUGGGUUCUUGAGAGCAAACAAGGCUCUUAUUGCUACAUGGAACUUCUCUUGUAUGGCAAUGAGCUCUUUCACAUUACUGCCUGCGAUGAAGGUAGAGGAUAUGAACCUUAUAAUGUCUGGUGGUGCUUUAAUGGUUGUCAUUGGUAUCACAUAUCUUGUAUUUGAGAAGAAACUUCUCACCACGUCGAAACUCGCAAGCGAUUCUACGGCACCCGCUUACAACAAUCUGUCGCGAUCGCUUGUUGGUAUACAGACUGGGUUCAUCAUCUUAGCCAUGGUCGUAACCAGGUCCAGCGUUCUAUCACUACAAGCUAAAGCUGGUCUCCCUAGGGGAAACCAGAUGGUGGGAUGGGCUGUUCUUGUCUUUUCGUUGUUAAUGCCAUUCUUUCAUCGCCUGGCGCCUAAUAAGCAUUAUCUCCAUCGACUAAUGGUCAUAUUCCUGACCUUUUCGCCUUUCUUCGUCAUUCUCACUAUCUCAUAUGAAGGACUCUUCUAUCUUGGUUUCUGCGCCACUUUGAUUACUUGGGUCCAAUUGGAACACAGCAUCUACGUAUAUUCAAAAUCGAACACAGCAACAACUACUCCUACGAAUGGAGAAGCGCUUAUGCCUGCAUCAUUGACAUCCUCCCCUUUCCGAUCACUCACAUUAUCAGACGUUCGAGUAUCUCUGAUAUUCCUCACACUGCUUCAAUCAGCAUUCUUCAGCACCGGAAACGUUGCCUCAGUAUCAUCAUUCAGCUUAGAGAGCGUCCAGCGCCUGAUCCCCGUCUUCGACCCCUGGUCCCAGGGCGCAUUACUGAUCCUAAAGCUCAUGAUCCCAUUCGCACUCAUCUCAGCGAACCUAGGCAUCCUCAACAAAAGACUUGGCGUCGCACCAUCGGCACUCUUCAUGGUUGUCAUGGCGAUCUCUGAUUUCCUCACGCUGCACUUCUUCUGGGUAGUGAAGGACGAGGGUUCGUGGCUCGAGAUCGGAUCCACGAUUAGUCACUUUGUCAUCGCGAGUCUGCUGUGCGUAUUUGUGGCUAGUUUGGAGGGUGUUAGUGAGAUGUUUAUCUCGGGCGUAGAGGUCGAGAAUGGUUCUGCGCAGAUGGGGAAAGAGAAGGAGCUUGGUGGGAUUGUAGCGAAGGGGAGCAAUGGGGUUAUUCCUAGGAAACCUGUUGCUAAUGGGAAUUGGAAGGGUAUAUAA